GACAAUAGGCUCUUUAUUUCUUCCCUGUCUCUCUCUCUCUCUCUCUCUCUCUCUCUCUCGCUCUUUCGCUCUCUCUGUCCCCUGAAAGCAGCACAGGUCAUCUAGCCAGUGAAGAUCCCAGUCUUGAUAAUGAAGCCUUUCUCUCAUUCCCUGCAGUGCUUUCCCUCCCAGUGUGGCAAAAUGACACUAAUUUCCGUUCAUCUGUUUGUCGAACAUCCUGACACCAUCAAGUUCUUCCCUAAGUUCGCGAAUAUCCCACGCGGUAGCCUGGCGGGGCAUCCUGACGUAGCGGCCCACGGAGCCACUGUGCUGAAGAAGGUAGCCGAGCUGGUCAAAACCAAGGGGAACCACACCGGUAUCCUCAAGACUCUCGCCACCAGCCACGCCAACCAGCACAAGAUCCCCAUUAUCAACUUCAAGCUGCUCAGCGAGUGCCUGUGCGUUGUGAUGAAAGAGAAGGCAGGAGCUGAUGCUGCUACCCAGGAUGCCCUCAGGAGAGUGCUCAGCUGUGUCACCAGCGAGGUUGAUGGAUUUUACAAGGAGUUGGGCUACGCUGGUUAGGCGGAUCCCGACUCGUCGAACCCCUGCCCUAGCCGGGGUAAAGCUAUAAUGCUUUUAUAUAGACAAUGGGAGUACACUAUAAUCAAAGUACCAUUUUUACUGUCUUUGUGAGGACGCUAUGUGUAAGGUCUAGUAUCUGUGGAAAGUUAUUCAUAAUCAGCUAUGCCCUAAAAAAUCAGUAAAGGAAUGACGACGCUAACAUGAACAGAACCUGAGCCACGAGGUUAUCGUUAAUGAGGCCUGUACGUGACAUGAAUUACUUAGCUAUGUGUGUCUUUACUGUGACAAGAAUGAAAAAGUGGUGGUGGGUUUGAGGGUGAUGUUUUUUUAAACACCUGUGCAUGUGAUGUCAUCAAAUUGGUGACCCUCUUAGUCUCUGUUAGGGUCUCAGGAUGAUUUGCCGGCCCAAACUACCCAUAAUCCUCCCCACACACCAGUCACUCUGACGGAUCAGGCCACCGAGAUGGUCACUGAGUCACAUAUGCCAUAUGUGACUGCAUGUACCAAUGCUGUGGUCUGAGAAGUUGUUGAAAUAAAAGUUGGUGAAGACCUGCUGAAUGUGGAGUCACUGCGGGCUCCUUCAGAGUGCCUGUGGUGUGUUUAGUCCAAGCACAGCUAUGCUGUCCCUCAAGCAUCUGUCUGUCCCAUUAGCGCCAUUAAUCCGUAACUUGCUUUGAAAAAAAAAAUCUAAUCGCUUUGUUUGACUGUUUGACUCAAUCGCUGAUCAGUAAUAAAGCCUUUCCUUUACUGAC